AUGGAACCACUUUGCGAGUAUUUCAUGUAUUUUCCUGCCGCUCCAAUAUCGAGUCUCUUGGAUCCGGCGGAGUACGCAACUCUUCCGCGGCGAAAUCACGUCUACCUCGGCGAGACCGUCCAGUUCCUGCUGGUACUGCGGUUCCGAGAGGACCGCUCCAGUGGGUUACCUUGGAAGGACCAGCUGGGAUCUCUGUCUGCUGUGGCGAGUGUGUGCGUCGCUGAGAGCCGGCAGCAGAGGCACGGUGAGGGGCAACCAGACCUCCAGAGCAGCUGCAGCGAAGACGACGAGGAAAAAGAUCCAAGCGAGAGGGAGUCCGGAUGCACAGACAGCAACCGGACCUUCAGAGCGUGCAACACGUUUCUCAUUCACAAGAACCCGGCGUCUGAUGGGCGACUGGAUGGGAAGGAAACGGUUAAGUCUGCUCUGGUGUUGGAUGACCAGGUUAUCUUCUGCCUCACAGUCUCUUUGGGCAAGCUGCCAGUGAACACACUCAAAGCCAAGAUCAUGGUGACUGUGUGGAAGCAGGAGGAAGAAAAUGUGGAAGUGAGGGAACAUGGCUACAUGACUCUUCUGCAGCUCAGGAGCCCAACACACACCUUCAGACAGGACCUGAGCACCUUCAAGGCACAGGUCAACACCACCCUGAAUGUUCUGCCACCUCCCAGCGUCCAGUGUCAGCAGCUGACUGUUUCUGGAAAACACGUGACUGUUCUUAAAGUGGUGAACUGCAGCUCUCAGGAGGAGAUGUGUGUAAGAGACAUGAAGAUCCUUCCCAACUAUAACUUGUCCUAUCUCCCGAUGAUGCCAGAUGGUUCAGUGCUCAUAGUUGACAAUGCGUGCCACCAAUCAGCUGAGGUGACCAUGGCGUCAUUCUAUCGGAUAGAUAGUGAGUCAUCACGCUUACCAAGCACGCUCAGUGCGCUGGAGCAACAGAACUUUCUAUUUCAGCUGCAGCUUCAAAACAAACCAGAAGAGGACUCCAGUGAGGGGUCAAAUGUCGAUAUGCUCCAUGUCAUCUGCUGGUGUUGGUCCACUGUGCCGCUAUCAAAAUAUAUUUCUAGUUAUUACUCGUUUCCCAGUAUUCGCUUGGAUCGUCCUCAGCUGGUGAUGACAGCUUCCUGUCCAAGGGCAGUCAGGCCUUCGGAGCACUUCUGGGUAAAAUACACCCUCCUGAACAACUUGCAGGACUUUGCCGUCCAUCUGAUCUGGAAUUCUGAAGAGUUAAGCCAACAUAUGAAACUGAAGCUUCAGCUCACAGCUACUGUGUCCACUCAUCCUCCUCGAUCACCCCUGAAGAAAUCUCCAUUAUCGUCAAGCUUGGUAGCCGGUGAGCUUCUAGAGACACGUACCCUGGGCCGAUCUCAGAGCUUCUCCCACCAACAAUCGGCCAGAUCAAACCAUGUUAGGACAGGCAGUGUGAUGGAGCAUCGGGCAAUCACACCACUUAUGGGACCUUCAAUGGGCAAAGCCAGCCAGCUUCCCCCUGACCAAACCCUCAUCUCACUGGACAAAAUAGCCAAGAGAAAAUGUAAAGUGUUGGUGCUGGAACAUGUCCAAGAGGCAUACUGCAGGUAA